AUGGAGAAGUGUAACAUCCCCUCCCAUCUCCUCCUCUUCACCAUCUGUUUCUUCGUCCUCCUCCUCUCCGUCGCCGGUCCCGCCGCCGCAGCCGAAGCCCACAACAUCUCCGCCGUGUUCGCCUUUGGCGACUCGACGCUCGACCCCGGCAACAACAACAACCUCCCCACUUUCGUCAAAGCAAACCACCCCCCGUACGGCCGCGACUUCCCGGGCGGCGCCGCGACGGGCCGCUUCACCGACGGCAAGCUCAUCACCGACUUCCUCGUCGCGUCGCUCGGCCUCGGCGACGCGCUACCUCCCUACUACGGAGGUUCGAACAAUUUCAGCUCGGCCGGGCCGGGCGUGAGCUUCGCAUCGGCCGGGUCGGGGCUCGACGACCUAACCGCGGCGACGUCGGGGGUGGAGACCGUCGCGACGCAGGUCGCGAACUUUGAGGCGUACAUCGCGACGCUGCCGGCAGAGACGGCGGCGGAGGUCGUGAAGGACGCGAUGUUCAUCGUCGGGACCGGAUCAAAUGAUCUGAUCAUGAACUAUUACUUGCUUCCGACGCGGAGGAGCACGUUCACCCUCCCCUCUUACCAUGCUUUUCUCCUUCAGAAGCUUGAGUCUCUUAUUGAGCAACUGUACAAACUGGGGGCCCGGAAAUUUGCGGUGGCGGGGCUUCCGCCGCUCGGUUGCCUCCCGCUGCAGAUGACUCUGACCAUGCAGCCGAACCCCGGAUAUGCGCAGCGCGCCUGCAUCGCAGAGCAGAAUGCGGCCGCCGCGAUGUACAAUGCCGACCUUCAGACCAUGCUCCAAAGUCUAAAGACCAGCCCGGUAAUGCCGGACCGGACCAAGUUCGUGUACGUGGAUAUUUUUACCCCCUUUCUGGACAUGGUCCAACAGCCCAUGAAAUACGGUUUGAUUGAAACGCGGAUCGGAUGCUGCGGGACGGGCUUAGUAGAAAUGGGGCCAUUAUGCAACAAUCCGUCCAUGACAUGCCCCUUCCCUUCUAGGUUUUUGUUCUGGGACUCGGUUCAUCCGUCGCAAGCGACGUAUCAAUCUCUAGCUAACCAGUUCAUGCAAACUGUGCUUCCUCAGUUUGCAAAUUAA